AUGACUAUCAAGAACAAAAGAGGGUGGUGGGACGAGGAAUGUACGGAGAGCAAGAGGGAAGUGAGGAAAGAACUAAGGAAAUGGAGAAAAGGGAAAGGAGAAGCAGAAAGAUACAAAGAAAGAAAGAAAGAAUAUAGGGAAAUGUGUGAUAGAAAGAAGGAGGAGAAAGAAAGAAUGAUCAGAGAGAUUGGAGAAGCGAAAACGGAGGGAAAGGUAUGGGAGUUGAUAGGCAGAGUAAGGAAGAGAAGAAGAAGGGUGAAUGAAGAGAUAAAACCGGAAGAGUGGAAGGAGUAUUUCAUGGAUCUGAUGGGUGGAGUGGAGAACAGAGUGGUAAAGGGAGAGGGAGACAGAAGCAGACAGGAAGAAGAAGAGAUAGGACUAGAAGAGAUAAGAAACGUAAUAAAGAAACUAAAAACGGGAAAAGCAAUAGGCAAUGACGGGAUACCUAACGAGGCAUGGAAGUACGGAGGAGAAGAAAUGGAUAUGGGAGGUAUGCAAACGUGUCUGGAGAGGUGA